AUGUUCAAAGUACUACGAGGUCUGCACUGUCAUAAUCUGGAGAGUAGAGGUCUGAACGAUAUGUCGGAAGCGUUCCAGAAUUUUCUCACAAGAGCACGAUUUUUCAGCAUUGGGAAGUUGAGGCGAACAUGGUCUCAUUCGGCUGCCGAGUUCAUCAAGUACCGCCGCCUUUUACCGAUGCUAAUGGCAGACGGACAACAUUUCAGCUCAGCUGAAACCGAUGAUUUCGACGCAUCGUUAGCUUAUCAUACGAAGUUGAAGGAGAGUCGGAAGAUCGUCGUGACGAAUAUAUCGGAUAGAGUUACACGAACACAACUGCAGUCAUUCUUCUCGAUAUUUGGAACGGUAUUACACUGCUCAUUACCAAGGCAAGACGAACGUCAUUCAAUGUUUGGAACAAUGCCGAGGAGUCCGAGGAACUGUGGAACCGCCACGAUUACAUUCAAAAGAGUGGAGGAGGCCGAAAAAGCUAAGAGAGCCACUCCAGAUCAGCUAAAGUUUUAUGGGCAGUGUAUGGUCGUGUCAGAGUACGUUUCAAAACGAAAAGGUGGCAAAGGAAUGGUUUUAGUGGACGAUAACAGAGGUAUGAUCUUCCCAAAGUUGUAA